GCUUCCAGGAGGCGUCGCACCAACAGUGGGGGUACUUCUGGAGGAUCGCUGCCAGCAUCUGCGACUCUAGUGCAUACUGGAAACGGAGGACGAGGUUCCAGGGAUGCCUCUAAGAGUGCUUUAACACCAGGUGACGACCACUUGUCGGAGGAUAGUGUAGAAAAGGAAAAUAGUGUAGAAGUGGAUGACGAUGGGUCUCGUGACCCCGAUCUUGACAAUGCAGCUGAUCUUCCUCCAUUAGGAACUGCAGACAUAGCGCAUCAGGUUCUGAGCGAGUUGUCGGGGUUGCGUGCGCAGAACGCAGUUUUGACGGCAGAGGCGGAAGUUCUGAGGCAGCAACUAGAAGACGAAGCGCGUGAAAGAGAAGAGCGGGAAGAGGAAACGAAG